UGUCUAGAUUCUCCACCAUGGGAAGUAAGAGUGUUGACCCUGAAAGUGCCUUGGGUGGGACAGUAGUAUAUGGGGGGAACUGUAACCAUUGUGUCCUUCUACCGGCCAGUGUUCCUAUUCUUGCUCAUUCCUUAGAACGAAGAAAACAAAACUGGAUUGCUAGAGCAAAUUCCCCUACUGAUUUAAUCAUACAAGUUGGUGAUUCAAGCUUUCACUUGCACAAGCUUGCCAUGGUCUCAAGAAGUGAAUAUUUGAAUAGACUUGUCUUUGAGAGAGGAAGCCACAGAGAGAGUGGCAGGGACAGCCUCAACAUCGAAAUAAAAAACCUUCCAGGUGGGACAAAAACAUUUGCAUUAGUAGUCAAAUUCUGUUAUGGUUGGAAAAUUGAUAUAACCCCAACCAACAUUAUCCCAUUAUAUUGCGCUGCACAUUUCUUGGAAAUGAGUGAAGAUCUUGAAGAAGGGAACCUCAUUUCCAAGACAGAAGCUUUUCUCAACUUUCUAAUAUUAUCUUCAUGGAAAGACACAUUUCGAAUACUCAAAAGUUGUGAAUCCAUUUCCCCUUGGGCCAAGGACUUGCAAAUAAUGAAACGCUGCUCAGAAGCAAUAGCUUGGAAGGCAUGCGCAAUUCCAAAUGCAUCAUCUAGUUUUAGUUGUGAAUGUGAAAAUCGAAGACACUUGAAUGUGCAAGCAAAUCAAGGAAAUACAAAUAACUUAGGAAUUAAAAACAUGGCUGAUACUUGGUGGUUCCAAGAUGUGUCACUUUUACGCAUAGAUCAUUUUAUUGAAGUGAUCCAAUCUAUUAAAAAGCAUAGCAUCAAACAGGAAAUUGUAGGUUCUUGUAUUGAACAUUGGACAAGAAAAUGGUUUUCCCAUGUCAAGCUUGGAAUUGACAAGGUGGCUACUAAACAAAUAACUCUCCAAUUACAUAGAGUUUCCAUUGAAUGUUUGAUUAGGAUACUUCCUGGUGAAGAAAAUUCAGUCACUUGCACUUUUUUGCUUCACCUAAUAAAAGCAGGGGUGAUGCUGAAAAUAAAUUCUGAAUUGUUGUGUGCGCUAGAAAGGAGAGUAGCUUUAAUGUUGGAGAAAUGCAGGGUUCAAGAUCUCUUGGUUAAAAAUCAAGGACAUAGUGAUUCUUUGUAUGAUGUAACUGUUGUGCUUAGGGUGUUACGGUUUUCUGUAUGUGGCAUGUCAAGCAAUUCUUCAGCAAAACUCCACGCAGUUGGAAAGUUAGUAGAUGGGUAUCUCACACAAGUUGCAAGGGAUGAGAAUCUCCCAGUGGAAAAUUUCAAAGCACUUGUUCAAGCAUUGCCACAACAUGCCAGAUACUGUGAUGACAACCUCUAUAGAGCUAUUGACAUGUACCUUAAGGCACAUCCAGAUUUGACAGAAGAAGAUCGCAUGGAUGUGUGUAGAGUACUGGAAUAUCAUAGAUUGUCACAAGAAGCACGGCAACAUGUGAUGAAAAAUGAUAGGUUGCCCUUUAAAUUAGUGACAGAAUUUGUCCUUUUGGAGCAAGUGAACGUGGCUAGAUCAAUGUCAAGUAAUGGAUCAAACUACCAAAGAACAAAUACUCAAACAAUUAUCAGAGUAAACAAAGAUUUUGAAAAAAGACAGAUAAAUGUCCAUGAGAUAAAGAUGAUGAGAAAUGAUGUUGAAAUUAUCAAGUCGCAGCUCUUGGAACUAAAUAGCUGCAAAAUAAAGCUCCAAAAGCAACUCAUGGGAUGCAUUCGUUGAAAGAGAACUCAUUGUGUAAAAUGUCAGAAGACUCCAACAGGAGGACCGCUCAAAUAUACUUUUAGUCUUUUAUAUUUUCUAAAAUUUUAGUCUUAGUUUUUAAAAUGAGUUUUUUUUUAUAAUUUUAAUAUCUAAUUUUCAAAUUUUAUUAUUUUAAUCUUGGGUGAUGAUGUGAUUAAGAUAUUGGUAUCUGUUAAUUUUUUAUUGCGUUAGUUAGAAAAAAGAAGACUAAAAACAUUAUAUUUAGAAAAAUUAAAAACAUAUUUAAAUUUAAUAAUUAUUAUGAU